CCGGAAACGGGAUGGGGAGCUGGACCAGAGUGCCUCCAAGGGACAGGGGAGUGCAUAUGUAUCUUCGAUUCCUUCCUCACUUCCUGGAUUUGAUGUCAGAGAAGUCUGACAUCAGUCUGAAGUCGGCCCUUGGUGGUCAGCCUUAUCACUGGGUCCAACUCCGCUGCCUUUGUGCUUAAUGUAGUGACAGCGGCAUGGCCAUAUGCCCCAGGCUUUCCUGCUGGGGUCCAUCCAUGAACCUGUAGGUGCCCUGAUGGAGCCCCAGCCCUGCCCUGGAAGCUUGGCUGAGAGCUUCCUGGAGGAGGAGCUUCGGCUCAAUGCUGAGCUGAGCCAGCUGCAGUUUUCAGAGCCUGUGGGCAUCAUCUACAAUCCCGUGGAGUAUGCAUGGGAGCCACAUCGCAACUACGUGACUCGCUACUGCCAGAGCCCCAAGGAAGUGCUCUUCCUGGGCAUGAAUCCUGGACCUUUUGGCAUGGCCCAGACUGGGGUGCCCUUUGGGGAAGUAAGCAUGGUCCGGGACUGGUUGGGCAUUGUGGGGCCUGUGCUGACCCCUCCCCAAGAGCAUCCUAAACGACCAGUGCUAGGACUGGAGUGCCCACAGUCAGAAGUGAGUGGUGCCCGAUUCUGGGGCUUUUUCCGGAACCUCUGUGGACAGCCUGAGGUCUUCUUCCAUCACUGUUUUGUCCACAAUCUAUGCCCUCUGCUUUUCCUGGCUCCCAGCGGGCGCAACCUCACCCCUGCUGAGCUGCCUGCCAAGCAGCGAGAACAGCUUCUUGGGAUCUGUGAUGCAGCCCUCUGCCGGCAGGUGCAGCUGCUGGGGGUGCGGCUGGUGGUAGGAGUUGGGCGACUGGCAGAGCAGCGGGCACGACGGGCUCUGGCAGGCCUGAUGCCAGAGGUCCAGGUGGAAGGGCUCCUGCAUCCCUCUCCCCGUAACCCACAGGCCAACAAGGGCUGGGAGGCAGUGGCCAAGGAAAGAUUGAAUGAGCUGGGGCUGCUGCCACUGCUGUUGAAAUGAGUGCCCUUGGGGCCUUGCAUGGGACACAUUCAAGACCUCGAAGUCAUUCUUGGCCAAGCAGAUGACAACACAUCUCCUGGACUGGAGCAAAAGGUCCUUCUGUGCUCCCUGGUCGCUGGGAAACGUAUUCUUUGAUCUGUUGAACUGUCUUCCAACCUGCCAUGGCAGUUUUGACACUACUCCUGUUUGCCCUCCUGAUUCCUGCUUUCUUUACCUUUGAACAUUGCCCCUUUCAGGGGACCUCACUUUGUAGGGAAUCCACAGAAGGUGUGCUUUUGCACUUGGCAGACUGCUCUACCUCAGUGUUUCCUUGGGAGACUUUAUUCAGCUGAGAGUGCCCUAGACAGUUAACUUCUAAGGUCACGUUUACUAUUUCAGAGGAAAUAUCUUGCCAGGAUACCUACCCAUCCUUAUAGAACAGCUGCCUUCAGCCGACCCCUUUCGUCACAGGGACCAAGACAAAGCAUGGGACAUGAAAUUAAGAGUGAACUUAUGGGAGGCUGCAGCUGGAUCAGAGGAAAAAUCCAGUAUGGCAGAGUGAAAGUCAGAAGACCUGGCUUUUCAUCCCAGCUUUGAGACUUGGAACUUUUUGAUUGGCAUAUUAAUAAACCUCUCUAAGCCUCAGGCUCCUCAUCUGUAAAAUGGGGAUGCCUACCUUAUGGGGUUGGUGUGAGGAUUAACUGAGAUAAUACUCGAAAGUGCCUUGCAUGGCCUUGGCAUGUGGGUGCUCAUCACAUAGUCUUCUUGUUUUCUUGCCUCUGGGUUGAGGAUUCACAGCACUGCACUACAAGGGUAGCCGCUCUCCAUUCUGGAUACCUUGCUAGGGGAGAGUCUGGCCUUCCACCUGCGGCCAGGGUGAAGGGAAAAUUCUUGCCUUGUCAGAGAUGGAUCAAUGACUAUGAAAAACCUAGCCUGUGAUUUUUUUCACUCUAAGCAUUAAAAGCUCCUAAAGCCUUUUGUCUUGUUACUUUUUUCCCCCUCUUGCAUGCUAGAGGUGGAAGGUAGUCAUUUAGAUUCCCCCCCUUCCCUCUUCAUUGUUGGCCAGGGGUUCUCUUGGGUAGCUGGGGGAAGGAUAUAGUAGAUCUCUCUUUUUUUUUUUUUUGAGAUGGAGUCUCAUUCUGUUGCCCAGGCUGGAGUGCAGUGGCGUGAUCUCAGCUCACUGCAACAUCUGCCUUCCGGGUUCAAGUGGUUCUCCUGCCUCAGCCUUCUGAGUAGCUGGAAUUACAGGCAUGUGCCACCAUGCCUGGCUAAUUUUUGUAUUUUUAGUAAAGACAGGGUUUCACCAUGUUGGCCAGGCUGGUCUCAAACUCCUGACUUCAAGUAAUCCACCUGCCUUGGCCUCCCAAAGUGCUGCUGCCUGGCUGGAUGUAGCAGAUCUCUAAUUACCUUACCAAACCUGCAGGGUCUCUGUUAAGUGUCUGUUAGGGGUCUUAUAUGAUACUCUGGACACUGAGAAACAGGUGAUGGGGCAGAUAGGAACCUGGUAUCCAACUCAUUUUUUGUGUCUGCUGAAUGGUUGACUGGGUGCCCCUUUGGUAAGGGCUGGGAAAGUGAACCAAGUUGGGAGCAGAGCAGGUCUUGAGAACACCUUAAUGAGGAACACAUGGUCUACUUCCUAUCUGCUGGGACACAGGUCAUUUCCAGCUUCCAAAAUUAGUAAGAUUUUUCGUAUAAAUCCUCCCCUACUUCAUUGUAUAAUAAAGAAUUUGGCCUUUGUCUUCAGUUCCUGA